GUGAGGCGCUCUUUGCAGAAGGGGGCGGUAAUGCACGGACAGCGGCCGCACCCCCCGUCGUUCAAACUGUAGAAGGAGGAGAAGAAGAAGGCGCUCCUUCACUUCCUGGUUGAAGAUGGCGGAUGAGAAUGAGACAGCACCAAUGCCGGAGAAAGAAGAUUUAGAAGACCACGGGCAUUGCAGCGAUUGUGAAAACGAAGACCACCAUUUUGACGAUGGGGACAAGGGUCUGGGUGAUGACACCGGGGCCAAGAAGAAGAAAAGGAAGCAGAGGAAGAAGAAGUCUGCUGCAACAGAGGAAGCACAGGACCCCAUCGCCAAAGUAAAUUCUCUGCCCGCCGACAAACUCCAGGAGAUCCAGAAGGCCAUCGAGUUGUUCUCAGUAGGCCAGGGCCCUGCCAAGACCAUGGAGGAGGCCAGCAGGAGGAGCUACCAGUUCUGGGACACACAGCCAGUGCCCAAGCUAGGCGAGGUGGUGACAUCGCACGGCUCCAUUGAACCGGACAAGGACAACAUCCGCGAGGAGCCCUACACACUGCCCCAGGGCUUCUGCUGGGAUGCUCUGGAUCUGGGCGACCCUGCAGUGCUGAAGGAGCUCUACACGCUUCUCAACGAGAACUACGUGGAGGACGAUGACAACAUGUUCCGCUUUGACUACUCGCCCGACUUCCUGCUUUGGUCGCUGCGCCCCCCCGGUUGGCUGCCUCAGUGGCACUGCGGUGUGAGAGUCAUCUCCAAUCAGAAGCUGGUGGGCUUCAUCAGUGCCAUCCCGGCCAACAUCCGCAUCUACGACGUGGUGAAGGAAAUGGUGGAAAUAAAUUAUCUGUGCGUUCACAAGAAGCUCCGCUCUAAAAGAGUGGCUCCGGUCCUGAUCCGAGAGAUCACCAGACGGGUCAACCAGCAGGGCUUCUUCCAGGCCGCCUACACGGCCGGAGUGGUGCUGCCCAAACCGGUGGGCACCUGCAGGUACUGGCAUCGCUCGCUGAACCCCCGCAAGCUGAUCGAGAUCAAGUUCUCCCACCUGAGCCGCAACAUGACCAUGCAGCGCACCAUGAAGCUGUACCGACUGCCUGAGGCCCCCAAGACCCCGGGGCUGCGGCCGAUGACCAGGAAGGACGUGGCGGCGGUUCACCGCCUCCUGGGGGAGUACCUGGCCCAGUUCCACCUGGCCCCCGUGCUGAACGAGGAGGAGGUGGCCCACUUCCUGGUGCCCCAGGAGAACAUCAUCCACACCUACGUGGUGGAGACGGAAGGCAAGGUGACAGACUUUGUGAGUUUCUACACACUGCCCUCCACCAUAAUGAACCACCCGGUGCACCACAGCCUGAAGGCGGCCUACUCCUACUACAACGUGCACACUACCACCUCUCUGCUGGACCUCAUGUCCGACGCACUCAUCCUGGCCAAAACGAAAGGGUUUGAUGUCUUUAACGCACUGGAUCUGAUGGAGAACAAGACUUUCCUGGAGAAGCUCAAGUUCGGGAUCGGUGAUGGAAACCUCCAGUAUUACCUGUACAACUGGAAGUGUCCCAGUAUGGGCUCGGAAAAGGUUGGCUUGGUGCUCCAGUGACAAGCCCCGCCCCUCCUCGUUUGCGGUCCCCAACGAGCGUCACCGAUAGGCCAGGAGACCACGCCCACGCACUGACCACCCGGGACACGAGGGACGACGGGACGUCCCGGUUCAUGAGAGGAACACCUUGCAACGACACCCGUUUUUACUUUUUGACCUUCUGAACUUUGAGCUGCACUACUGCUGCCAGGCAGGGUCUGGGAGGGUGGGGGUGGUGGUGUCGUCCUCCACCCACCCUCCCACCCUCCAUCACAUGGACCUGAAGCCAUUGUAGUUACCAUCCCAGAUGACUGCAUAACAUGGGGGAAGCGUGAUUGUACCAACACACUCUGAUUCAGACACACACAGUUUGCAGGUUAGGCGGCGAGCUCAAACAGCCCACCGUCGGAGUAUUGACGAGAAUCCAAGAAAAUAAAUGUGUAUAUAAUAUAAUCCACCAUAGCAGGUAAAUUAUGCGCUAACAUGUACACACGAUAACUCAUUGUUUUAGUUUGUUUUGGAAGGUUGGAAGUGUGCGUGUGUUUUACAUUGAAAUGGAAUUACAAAAACAAGUCAUUCUUAAGUUUUAGCGGUGAAGACAAAAUCAACCUGAUUUAAAUAUAUGAAAAAAAGAAAUGUGAUUUAAAAAAAUAAAUAAAAAAAAUACCAAAAGUGGGCAAGAGACAGGGAUUCGGUUACCCUGGUUUUUCCAUGCAGAGAUGCCAUGAACGCGUCUGUUUUAACGGGUACUUUUGAGUUUGGCUCCACCUGCAUAAGGUGUUUCUGCUGGUACUGGCGUUUAUCCUUUGGAAUACUUCUUUACACUUGUAUUAACUUUCAUGCCACAGUCUACAGCUUGCUACACUAACCGGAAACCGUGUUUGAAAGAAAAUAAAAAGAUGAAAAAGA